CUCACUCACCUUUUUCACUCUAAAAGCGAGCGAGGUUGCUUACUGGUGCUUAACGAUGGCGAAUCUGUCGCUAGGUUUUGGUGCGUUUGUGCUUUUGCUAGUCGGAAGCUUGAUCAACGUUGCGGAGGCCGAGAUUCACGAGUACGACGACAAACGGUUCACCAAAAUCGCCAACGGUCUCUAUGUUCCCGGUGGUAGCGAAGCUCUUUACGCUUCCAAGUUUCAGGAAGUCGGUUCUGCUUCUUCUUCUGGUACACAUUCCACGGGAAAGUCAUUUAUCAGGUUUGAUGAAAUUACCUUUGUGAGGACAAAGGAAGCUGCUAGCAAACAGAAAUCGAAGCUGGGAACUGCAGGAUUGGUUGAAACUCUAGUGUUUGAGAUAAAGGAUCGGGAUAGAAUCGGUGGGUCUUCUUUCAAAAGUGAUGCCGUAUGUUGUACUCCAGAGCUUGCAGAUGCUGGAUCCUGCAAUAUGGGAGAGGUUAUAAUAAGGAGAGAUCCCAGUGAACCUGAGUGGCCUAAGCGGAUUCCAACUUUCUUUGAAGAGCACAAGGAAGAAAUGAAGAUGCCUCCUCAAGCUUUGGUGAUCAACAAAACAGGACUUUAUGCUGUCUACUUCAUGACUUGCGACUCAGAUUUGGAUGGCACUGUAGUCAGAGGAAGAUCGGUUUGGAAGAACCUAGGUGGUUUUCUACCAGGCGAGACAGCUCCUUUGAUGAAGUUUUAUGGAUUCAUGUUUUUAGCGUAUGUGGUGCUUGGCCUAGUUUGGUUUCCACAAGUUGCUCAGUAUUGGAAGGAUGGAAUCCAGUUGCAUUGUCAUAUAAGCUUGGUAAUUGCAUUUUCCAUGGGUGAGUUAGCCUUCCUGUACUUUGACUUCGCCUAUCUCGAUUCAGCUAGUACAAGUCCUAUGAAGGUUACUCUCUGGGUAGUAACUCUUUCUGCCGUGAGGAAGACACUGGCCCGGCUUCUACUGUUGGUCAUAUCAUCAGGGUAUGGGAUAGUGAAGCGAGGUAUAACAUUGAGGAUGCUUCUUACUGGCGUCAUCUGCUUUGUUAUAAGUGAAUCUCUCGGGCUUGCUAUGCACUUUAGGAACAUCUCUGAAGAUGGGAUGACUCUCUUAAUGCUCUCUUGGGCUAUACUAGAAACUUGCUUUCUCCAAUGGAUUUUUAGGUCCCUGUGGAAAACACUUAAGUAUCUUAAGCUGAAUAAGAGGAACAUUGCUAAGCUGCAGCUCUACAAGAAGUUUGCAACUGUACUUGUAACCAUGGUGGUGCUCAACUUUGCCUGGACUUGUGUGGAGGUACAUAUCUAUGAUUCUCUGAGUGAGCUUUGGCAAGUGCAGUGGAUAAUUCCAGCAUUUUGGUAUCUGCUUUCGUAUGCACUGUUGGUAGUUAUAUGCUUCUUUUGGCCUCCAUCCGAAAAACCAACUAGGUACCUAUACGUAGCUGAAAUGGAGGAGGAGAUGGAGGAGGAGAUGGAGGAAGAAGAUCUCUCAUUGUUGGAAGCUGGGAUGAACACUAAAGAUGGCAAUGUGGAGAGGGAUGAGAGGAAGAGCCUUCUGGAAGCAUUCAUUCUAUUGUUUGGGAAUCUACCAAGGGAGAAGUGAAAAAUCCUUUACACUUAGCUGGCAUCAUCAUCAUCAUCGUCCUUAACCCAAGCUGCCUCCUAAUCAUCUUUUUCCAGCUUCGGGUUUGGUGUGUUUAUGUUUUUAAACUCCCAGUAUAACUAGAAUCUUUUGCAGCAGACUUGAGAUGCCAGUUUUCAUUACUUUAAGAGGUUGAUCUAGCUCUAACCGGAUUCAAUGUGUCUUAGACUAAAAUCUUAUGUAGUAAGCAGACUUGUUCGGUAACUGACAUGUCAGUUUUAUGUUAAUAUUGAUUAUCUUAAGAUUU